AUGAAUUCACACAGUCCCUCGUCUUUGUUUCUGUGUACACCACCAAAUCUAUCUUCUCCUGUUAAACCAGCAUCAUUACUCGUACCGGUAUCACCGACACCUACAUCUGUUAUUAACCUAAUUUCAUCAGCGUCAUCUGCCACAAUAACACCAGCAACAUUAUCUAAUACAAGGAAAACUGUACGUGCAAAAAGAAGUUCAGCAUGGGCAUACUUUCAACAACCUACCAAUGCUAAUUCAUUUGAUGUUACUUGUAAUCUUUGUAAUCAUAUUAUAAAUCGUACAAGAGGAGCUACUACUGCGCUGUUUCGUCAUCUGAAAUUACAUCAUAAUAGUGAAUAUCAAGCAGCGAAGGAAUCCAUGCAUACAACGAAGAACAAUGAUCCGAGUUCCCCUUUAGUUCUUGAUGGUUCUCAAGUUACGCAAUUAACACAAGUUGCAGUAUGUCUUUUUAUGAAUGAUUUACUACCAUCGUCAAUUAUUGAAAAUAAAAUUGUUUGCUUAGUAUCAAAUAAUGCAGCAAAUAUGGUUAAAAUUGUUACAGAUUUUGAAAAAGGUCAGUAUAUACGUCAAAAGAGUUUCAAGUUAUGUGGUAAUUCGACUAUUCAAGAAGUUGGAAAUCGUAAUAAUGUUAAACGAUUAUGUCGAUAUAAUCAAACACAUUUGAAAACUGAUGCUCAUUGUGGUAUUGAAAUGCUUCAAAAUCGUUGUUUUGUUACAAAAGCUGUUUCAGCCAUUGAAUCAAAUACAAACAGUGGUGCAAUUUAG